CAUGGCGCUCGGCCUGCGGCUGCUGCUCCUCGGCUGCGCCUGCAGCCUGGCGCCCGCCUCCCGCGAGGUGAAGGUGGCUUGCUCCGAGACGGCCGACCUGCCGUGCACCGCCCCCUGGGACCCCAGCCUCUCCUACGCCGUCUCUUGGGCCAAGCUCUCAGAGGGCGGUGAUGAGAGACUGGAGUCCCCCCAGGAAGGCUGGCACCACAGCGGACCACACGCCCAGCACGGGGGGCAAAAUAGCUCCGCCGAGGCCCCCAGGAAGAGACCCUAUUCCCUGAAGAUCCUGAACACCACCAGCUGCAACUCGGGGACGUACAGGUGUGCUCUGCAGGAGCUUGGAGGCCAGAGGAACCUCAGUGGCACGGUGAUUUUGAAGGUGACAGGAUGUCCUAAGGAGCCUAAAGAAACAACUUUUAGGAAGUACAGAGCUGAGAUCGUUUUGCUCUUCUCUCUGGUCAUUUUCUACCUAACGCUCAUCAUUUUCACUUGCAAGUUUGCACGACUGCAGAGUAUUUUUCCAGAUUUUUCUAAACCUGGCAUGGAGCAAGCUUUUCUUCCAGUCACCUCCCCAAGCAAGCAUCUGGGCCCAGCGACUCUUCCCAAGACAGAAGUGGUCUGAGGAGAGACUCUUGAUUUUUCUCAAUUCAAGGGCACAUUGGCGUCCCUGAAUGUUGCCUGGAUAAGACAAGAAUGAGCUGCACCCUGAGAUGGCAUCCUUCCCGGGAAGUCCUUCACCUGGCAGUGGGUCCCAGCCCGCUGUCUGCCAGCAGGGUCUUAAACACCAUUACAUCACACAAAGCAUGGGGCCAUCUCCGCUCUCCAUGGCUACUAUCUUAGCGUUUUACGCAGCUAUCUGGUCAACCUCUUGGGCACUUUUUCAGUCAUAUAAAAGCUAUGGUGAGAUGCAGGUGGAAUAAGGUCAUGGGAAAUUUGAGUGCCCAGAGCUGGCCCUGUGACAGACUCCUGAGGACAGCUGCCCUCUUCCACAUCUGGAAACCAUCUCUUUGAAUUUGCCGUGUUUUGUUGCACUGGCCCAGAUGUCUCACAUCUGGGAGAAAUUGACAGGCCAAGCUGUAAGCCAGUGGGAAAUAUUCAGCAAAUAAUUUCCCAGUGUGAAGGCCCUGCCAUUACUGAAGAGUGUUAUGUGUGCAUAGAAAUAAGAGGUCAGUGAACUAUUCCCCAACAGGGCCUUUUCAUCUGGGAACGUCACCUAUAAAGAAGCAAUAAAGAAGAACGCCACAUUUAUUUUUAUAUGUACUUACUGGCUGAAGAAGGGUUUUCGUGUUUUCUGAAGAAGCAUGUUUCUUCUCUUAAAACUCUGUCCAGUUAGAUGGCAUUGCUGGCUGACAAGCACGCUGAGUGGAUUUGGAGAGAGCAGAACGCAGAGCAAGGCUAACAGGCCCCAGCACCGUGCAGCGCUCUGUUGGAAACGCCGAGCCAACCUUGUUACCUGGAACCCAGCCCCACUUGUCUCGGUCUUGCCGGAUGAUCUUGGACAGGUUCCUGGUGGUUUUUACUUUCUUACUUGUGAACCUGAAAGCUGUUGCGUGGAUUCAUUAACAUACUGUAUGUGAGAAUGCUUGAAGAAGCUGAAAGCACUGUACAAGUUCAAAUCCCCAAGGAGUCAUCAUUGCUUUUGCUUUUAUGUGGGGCUGGGGAGGCCUUGCAUGUCUCCCCUGUCCCAUCCUUCCAAAUAAAGAAGGCUACAGAGAGGACAUUCCCACAGUUUCGAUGGGAACUCCAGGGAAGUGCGUAGAGCAAGUCUGCCCUUGAAGCACCAGCUGAAAGUUCUCACGGGUGUGCAUGCAGGGGAGCCCCCUGGACCAUGGCAGAAGGGAGUUGGCAAAUGUUAAACUGACAUGGCAGUUUUGGGGUUCCCUAAUAAUCAUGACCCCUUUCCCACUUGCUUUCCAAAGAGACUUUUCCCCUUUAAUAAUGUGAGCAUCACUUACACUAAUGCGAGUGAUCCGAUCGCGGAAGGGAAGGGAUCCUGAGCUGACUCAGUGUUUCGGCAUCUUUGUCAUUACUUUCAUGUUAUUAAAGGUAUGCACGUGAA